AUGGCCAACAUUGACAUUUCGCCAGCUACUACAGCCCCUGCAGAACAGCACGCUACGGAGGAGGACGAGUCUAUCCUACGCGAGCUACAGGAGGCCUUGGAAGCCAACCCUGAACUCCGCGCACCAACUCCAAGGCCCGUCGACGCAGAGUGGCAAGACUUCGAUCGUCUGGUUGCUGAAAAUCCCGAGUUUGGCGCCCCGGUGCCCGUUGCAUCGAAGCCAAUUGAGUACUACCUGUCAAAGGACAGAUGGGAGUGUGGCCAUGACGGCGAAGAAUCCCAGACCGACAUUGAGCGAGAUCCCUUUGACGGCACCCCAAAAACUCUAACUAAUGAUGUGAAAGGCAUCUGCGAUAAAUGCAUGGAAAAAUGGGUCAAGCUUGAGAGCUCGUCCGUCUCCGGUAAUGAAGAUCUGGCGGGGAGCUCAUGUGGCCCUGCAGGCCCGCCCGCGUACGACCAGUUAUCGCAAAGCAUCCAGAAAGUUGCAGAAGAUCAUCACGGUGAUGAUCAUGACAAGUCAUAUGGCCUUCUGGAUGUAGACAGCACGCCUGGUAAGGGUAAGGCUAAGGCCAAGGGUGAUCUCAGUCGUCUGAGUCUAUAUGACAGUGAGGCUGACGACGCCAACCCCUGCAGAGAAUCCCAUCCAUUGGAUGGACGACUGCUUUCUAGUCAACCAUCUUUUUCAGAUGAUGAUUCAAAAGAGGACAAUGCAUUCCCUCGUAUUCGUGCGCGCUGCCCUAUGGAUGAGCACCAAUUAAUGGCUUCCAGUCCCCCUAGCACGCCGCUGCACUCGACUGCAGAGCUGGACCCGGUUGACGAGAGACAAGAGGCUGUCCAGCUCAACCCUCAACAGGUUCAAGCUAAGGGUCCUCGUGGCACCGAGAAUCGUGCAAGCCUUCCCCCGUACUAA